AUGUAUCGCUAUUUGGAUUCAUUGCCUCAAAGACACCAACAAUUGUUAACCAAUUAUAGACAACAUCUCGAAGAUGUUUGCAAAGCCAUUGACACCAAUCAUAAAGUGAUUGAACUCAUCUCAAUGAAACCUCAGGAGCCGUUAGACACGGAUAAAGUGAAUUCAGUGUUCAAACAAUUGGUCCGCGAGUGGACUGAUGUCGGAGUCAAUGAGCGCAAGACGUGUUUCGAGCCGAUCCUCAACUCGAUUGAGGAGCACUUCGGGGAUUGCGGCGACAGGAGUGGUGUACAAGUGUUGGUUCCGGGCGCCGGUUUGGGGCGACUGCCCUAUGAGAUCGCCAAACGUGGGUUCGCCUGUCAGGGCAACGAAUACAGUCUAUUCAUGUUAUUCACGUCCAAUUUCCUGCUCAAUAAAUGCAAACAACGAUUGGUCCACACGUUCUACCCGUGGGCUCAACACUUCACUAAUAACAUGCGUUCGGCGGAUCAGUUGACAGCCGUGCGCUUUCCCGACGCCAAUCCCAGCGAUUUGCCCGCAAACUGUGACUUUUCAAUGGCCGCCGGAAACUUCAUC